AUGCCCCCGUCCUUCCCCAGACAUGCACGCACCUGUCUCGCUUCCGCCCUCCUAGCCCUCUGCCUCACAUUUCUCCUCUUCCCGAGCUGCAGACCACGCGUCCGCAGACUCUUAUUCCACGGCGACAACUCGCUCAAGCCUGACCUCCCUGACUUUGAUCAGUAUGUGCGUCUCAGAACGCUGGGAGAAGACGACUUCCCAACCAGUGCGUCUUCCCCACCUCUUUCCGCUGCAUACGCGUCUUUAACGGCAGUCCCUUCGAAAGACAGCACGCACAAGCGCGUCAUCAUCGUAGGCGACAUCCACGGCCAACAGGAGCCCCUCGACCGCCUGCUCUCCAAGCUCGCAUACACGCCCACCUCCGACACGCUCCUCCACGUCGGCGACAUCAUCACCAAAUCGCCCCUAGCCGCCUCGCUCGCCGUGCUCGACUUCAUGCGCGCGCACAACGUCUCCGGUGUGCGCGGGAACAACGACCAGAAGGUCAUCGGCUGGCGUGCAUGGCGCGCGUGGGUGUCCGGGCUCGCGCGGCCGCCUGGUUAUUCGUCGUCGUCCUACGCCUCUUCAUCGGCGUCGAACGUGUCGGAUAUAUCAGGCCGCACCUUCCUCGCGGCCCUCGACGCAGCGUUCCCCGACCCAGACACAGACGAGCACGCCAAAGACGUGCGCCGCUGGCUGCGCAGCAGCGCGGGCGAACGCGUGGCCGCGGAGAGGUGGGCGCAGACCAUCCCCGAGGACAAGGACAAGGACUGGACGCUGCUCGGACGGCACUACAAGGCUGCACGCGCGCUGCGGCCCGAGCACGCGGCGUAUCUGCGCGCGCUCCCGCUCGUGAUGCACGCGCCAGAGGCGCAUACGUUUGUGGUGCAUGCGGGGCUGUUGCCGUAUGAUCCGACGCACAGGCCGACGCACCGCGAGCAGCCGCUGUCGCAUUGGCCAUCUGCUGCUGGCGGGGGCGGCGGUGAUGGCGGGGGUGGCGGGGGUGGCGGGGGUGAUGGCCGUGGUGAUGGUGGUGGUGGUGGUGGUGGGCGCGAUGGCGGGGGUGAUGGCGGCAGCGACGAGGAGGAGGAAGAGGCGAUAAGGAAGAUCCGAGCGGCACAGGAACACGCGCUGCUCGCGGACGUGCCGCAGAACGGCGACGCGUGGGCGGUGAUGAACAUGCGCGGCGUGACGCGCAAGGGCAAGGUGACGAGCGCGAACGGCAAGGGCACGCCGUGGGCGGGGGUGUGGUGUGGGAUUAUGGAGCGGUGUUCGGCCGAGUUUGAGCGCGAGGGCGACGCGGACACCGCGCAAAGAGAGGCGGCCGACUUUGGCAAGUCGAGCAAAAAGUCGGCUCUGCCCUGUUACCCGUCGACGGUCGUCUACGGCCACGCCUCGAAGCGCGGGCUCGACAUCGGGCGGUGGACGGUCGGACUUGACUCUGGCUGCACAUAUGGCGGCACACUCUCCGCGCUCGUGCUCGACUACCACACCUUCCACCCUCUCUCCUCCUCCUCUCCCUCCUCCUCAUUCGAUGGUAUCAUGCCAGAUCCACAGGACGAAUCCGGCGACCUCACGAAACACACGAUCCCGUACGGCGACAACGGCCUUGCGCGUGUCUACAGCGUCAAGUGCACCGGAUCGUGA